AUGGCGGAAACAUCUUCAUCUUCGCGCAAGAGCAAGGAAUGCUUGAUCACUGAGUUGGAGGACAUGGACGCGGCACAGCAACUUAUGCAACUCAGCGACGAAGAAAACAACAACAACAACAACAACAUUGUAAUAAGCAGAAAGAGGAGCAGAAGCAUGGAUGAAGAAGAAGUUGAUCAAAGGACAAGUAAUGAUACUAUAAUGGCGAAAAUACAAGAGAUUUUUGGCAAAGAUAUUGAAGUUUUUACUCCUAAGAAGCAGAGAAGAUAUCGGUCUCUCGUGAAUAUAUACAUGGAAACAAGUCCCAUUAAUGCUGGAAAUGAUAGAAGGGUGAGUGCCUGA